AUGACGAUCUCGUCCUUCUUCACCAGAGCUUCAAGAGCUUUCAAUGGCCACCCUGUUGCCUCCAAGCUUCUGGUGCUCUGUACUCUCAGUAGUGGAGGUCUCCUGGCGUAUGCAGAAUCACAGUCAAACAUUGGUUCUCCUAGUGUUGUUGAUGAUAAACCAGAUGAGUCCAGGAAGAAGAGAGUGGUGGUGCUUGGGACAGGAUGGGCUGGUACUAGUUUCCUCAAGUAUCUUGAUGCUUCAGCUUAUGAUGUUCAGGUUGUUUCACCCCGGAAUUAUUUCGCGUUUACCCCUUUGUUACCUAGUGUCACAUGUGGGACGGUUGAAGCCCGAAGCAUAGUAGAACCAGUUCGAAAUAUUAUAAAGAAGAGAAAUGGAGAGAUCAAAUUUUGUGAGGCAGAAUGUGUCAAGAUUGAUGCUACAAAUAAAAGUGUUGUCUUGCGGGCUAAUUUUGGCACCAACUUGGUGGGAAAUGAUGAAUUUUCCCUUGAAUAUGACUACUUGAUCAUAGCUAUAGGAGCACAAGAAGUAGAAGAUGCUCAAAAGAUACGUACGAGUGUGAUAGAUUGCUUUGAAAUGGCUGUACUUCCAGGUCUAAGUGAAGAAGAGCGGAGGAGAAAUCUUCAUUUUGUAGUUGUUGGAGGGGGUCCUACUGGUGUGGAAUUUGCUGCAGAGCUGCAUGAUUAUUUCCAAGAGGAUUUAGUCAAGUUAUAUCCCAUGGUUAAGGAUCUUGUGAAAAUAACAGUGAUCCAGUCGGGAGAUCACAUCUUGAACAUGUUUGAUGACAGAAUUAGUUCGUUUGCUGAGAAGAAGUUUAACAGAGAUGGUAUUGAUGUUCAGACAGGAUGUCGGGUUGUCAGUGUUUCUGAUAAGGAAAUCACAAUGAAGGUGAAAUCCAAGGGUGAGGUCUGCUCUGUGCCACAUGGGUUGGUUGUGUGGUCUACUGGUAUUGGGACUCGUCCAGUUGUGAGUGACUUUAUGAAACAAAUUGGGCAGGCUGAUAAACGUGUUCUAGUGACUGAUGAAUGGCUGCGUGUAAAGGGUUGUGAAGAUGUGUAUGCCAUUGGCGAUUGUGCUUCAAUUACUCAACGUAAAAUCAUGGAAGACAUCUCUGCCAUAUUUAAAGCUGCGGACAAAGAUAACUCUGGUACCUUAACAGUUGGUGAAUUUCAAGAUAUAAUUGACGACAUCAUCAUAAGGUACCCCCAAAUGGAGCUCUAUUUAAGGAGCCAGCAUGUGCAGGAUUUGAAGGACCUAUUGAAAGAUCCUGAGGGUAAUGAUAGGACGGAAGUGAACAUUGAAGAAUUUAAAUUAGCCCUUGCUCAAGUGGAUUCACAGAUGAAGAGUCUGCCUGCAACUGCACAGGUUGCUGCUCAGCAGGGAGCAUAUCUUUCUAGGUGCUUUAACCGGAGAGAGCAGAGCAAAGAGAAUCCUGAAGGUCCUAGACGUUUUAAAAGUUCUGGGCAUCAUGACUUUCGUCCCUUCCGGUACAAGCAUUUUGGGCAAUUCGCUCCGUUGGGGGGAGAGGAAGCAGCAGCAGAGCUACCUGGAGACUGGGUUUCCAUUGGCCAUAGCACUCAGUGGCUCUGGUAUUCCGUAUAUGCAAGUGGGGGAGGUCUAGCGGCAUUUCAUGAAACCACACCAGUCCACACUGUAUAUGCUGAUUCAGUUCAGGAAGACCAAAUAGCCAAGAAAAAAAAGGUGGUGGUACUUGGAACUGGUUGGGCUGGAGUAAGUUUCUUGAAAAAUUUGAAGAGUUCUAAUUAUGAUGUUGAAGUGGUGUCACCCAAAAAUUAUUUCUUGUUUACUCCUUUGCUACCAAGUGUUACCUGUGGCACAGUGGAAGCACGCAGCAUCGUUGAACCAAUUCGAUGCAUUACUAAGAAGAAAGGUUUAGAAGUUCAAUUUAGGGAAGCAGUAUGUCAUAAAAUCGAUCCCAAAAAUAAGAAAGUUCACUGUCGAUCAAGUCAAGACACAAAUCUGGGUGGAAAACACGGUGAAUUUAGUGUAGAUUAUGACUACCUGAUCAUUGCCAUGGGAGCUCAAUCAAAUACAUUUAACACCCCUGGUGUGGAGCAAUAUGCUCAUUUCUUGAAGGGAAUAGAAGAUGCUAUGAAGAUCCGUCAGUCUGUGAUUAACUGUUUCGAAAGGGCAAGUCUUCCUUGCGUAAGCGAAGAAGAAAGAAAGAACAUUUUGCAUUUUGUAUGUGUUGGUGGUGGUCCAGCUGGUGUGGAAUUUGCUGCAGAGCUUCAUGACUUCGUUAAAGAGGAUUUAGCCAAGUUAUACCCUUCAGUUAUAGACUGCGUACAAAUUACCGUUAUUGAGGCAAGCGAUCAUAUUUUGAACAUGUUUGACAAGAGAAUUACUGCAUUUGCUGAACAAAAGUUCUCCAGAGAUGGCAUUGAUGUAAAAACAGGUUCAAUGGUUGUAAAAGUAACUGAUAAGGAACUCUCCACCAAAGAAAGAGCAACAGGCAAAGUUUCACAUCUACCUUAUGGGAUGGUUCUCUGGGCAACUGGUAUUGGGCCACGCCCGGAGGUUAUUGAUUUUAUGAAGCAGAUUGGUCAGGAAGAUAUCGUAGAGAUAUUCAGAACAGCAGACACGGACAAGUCUGGUACUUUAAACCUUGAGGAAUUUCAAGAAAUCAUGGAUGACCUUGUGGAAAGGUAUCCUCAGUUGGAACUUCACUUGAAGAGCAAACAGAUGAGGAAUAUUGAUGAGUUACUGGAAAAGAGUUGGCAAAAUCCGACUGCUGAAGUCGAUAUUGAAACGUUUAAGUCCGCUCUAUCACAAGCAGAUUCUCAGAUGAAAAAUCUUCCUGCAACAGCUCAGGUAGCUGCUCAACAAGGUGCCUACCUUGCCAACUGUUUCAACCGUAUGGAGGAGUGUGAGAAGUACCCUGAAGGUCCCCUCAGGUUUAGGGGCGUUGGACGCCACUGUUUUCAACCCUUCAGGUUCUUGUGUUUGAACUCUUAUAUUCAAAACCCCGCGAGGCCGCGCCUCAGUGCAUCGGCUCCCAAGUCCUGUGAUCGAAGUCUGGGCAAUUCGUCGAACACCUUACCCGCAAAUCCGGAAAACCCUCUGAAUUUCCACAGCAUGCUAUCUGCUUCUUCAAGGCGUUUGCGAUGCUACAUAGCAGCAGCAUCAGACCUAUGCGCUAGCAAUUUCGGCCCCAACUCGGCUCCAAAUCGGUACCCGAUUCACAAGCGUAUGCCAUUAUCCACCCCACUUGAUAAGCCAUUGUUUUCCACUAUAAGUAGUUUCACCAGCAACUCUCGGGCCUCUUCUUUCUCAGAAGAAGACGCUAUAGUGAAUCAAAUUCUUUCCGAUUUAGAAAACGCCUCUCCAUUACUCGAAUCGUCAUACAAAAAACGCGUCUUCCUGAGCUCCAAAGCGUUUAAUCGUGUGCUGGUUGCAGCAGCCAGCGAAAGGAACGAUCUUUCCCUUGUAUCCCAACUUGUUCAAGUUGCAGUCGCAUCUCGUCGUCAACCCUUGAACUCGACUUGUUUUCUCACUGUUGCCAAGGCUUUUGCAAAGUCAGAUGAUUGUGGGGAGUUGCUCAGACUAACAAAGCAAGUCAUGGAGAUGACCUCUCCCAAUAUGACCAUCAUUAACAGGGUUCUCUUUGCCUUUGGUGAAUGUGGAAAGAUUGAUAAAGCGCUUCUGAUCUUUGCCCAGAUGAAAGCUUUGAAUUUUGUACCAGAUUUGUACACCCACAACACCAUUUUGGAGAUCUUGGGUUGUGCAGGUCGCAUUGAUGACAUGCUGGGUCAGUUUGGGUCCAUGAAAGAAGCUGGUAUUGACCCAGAUGUGGUUUCUUACAAUGCUGUGUUGAACAAUUUGAGGAAGCUUGGGAAAUUCGAUAUUUGCUUGUUCUAUUUCAGGGAAAUGGGUGAAAAUGGAGUUCAGCCAGAUUUGCUGACUUAUACAGCAAUGAUUGAGAGCCUGGGCCGAUCAGGAAAUGUUGAUGAGUCACUGAGACUCUUCAGUGAGAUGAAGGCGAGGCAGAUUCGUCCUUCGGUGUAUGUUUACCGGUCACUGAUCAGCAACCUGAAGAAGAUGGGGAAGGUGGACUUGGCAUUGAAGUUGAUGGAGGAGAUGAAUUCAUGUGAUACAGAGUUUGCUGGUCCAACGGAUUUCAAACGAAAUAAACGCUUGUAA